UAAUUUUGUAAAACUUAUUAAUUUUUUAGUUAUAUUUUGAAUUAAACAAACAAAGUCAGAAUAUUAUGGAUAUAAAUAAGAUUUUUUAUGCUUCUUAUUGAUGAUAUCAUCAUUUGUAUUAAUUCGCGUAAAGUAGUCCUUUUCCGAACAGACCGGGUUCUUGAAGACACGUGUGUGAAUUUUGUCGGUCCGAAAAUGGCAGCAAGGCCGCUUAUAACUGUGUAUGGAGAUAAAGGGGAGACAACAAAGAGCAAUGUCACUUUGCCAGCAGUGUUCCGUGCUCCAAUUAGACCAGAUAUUGUUAUCUUUGUGCAUUCUCAGAUGAGAAAAAACUCCAGACAGCCCUAUGCUGUGAGUGAAAAAGCAGGACACCAGACAUCUGCUGAAUCAUGGGGAACAGGAAGAGCUGUGGCCCGUAUACCCCGUGUUAGGGGAGGUGGUACCCACAGGUCUGGCCAGGGAGCCUUCGGAAACAUGUGCCGAGGUGGUAGAAUGUUUGCCCCCACCAGAACCUGGAGACGCUGGCACAGAAAAAUAAACGUCAACCAGAAGAGAUAUGCCAUCUGUUCUGCCAUUGCUGCCACAGGAAUCCCCGCUAUUGUCAUGUCUAAAGGUCACAGAGUUGAGGAAAUCCCAGAGGUUCCAUUAGUGGUCAGUGACAAGGUUGAGGAGUUGAAAAAAACCAAGGAAGCUGUUGCCCUCCUUAAACGUCUGAAAGCUUGGGGAGACAUUCAGAAGGUAUACAAAUCCAAACGAUUUAGGGCUGGAAAGGGUAAAAUGAGAAACAGACGAAGAAUACAGAAGAGAGGCCCACUUAUCAUAUACAACUCGGAUAAUGGCAUAAGUAGAGCAUUCAGAAAUAUUCCAGGUAUCACACUCAUAAAUGUAUCUCGCUUGAACCUUCUGAAGAUUGCUCCUGGUGGCCAUGUAGGAAGGUUUUGCAUCUGGACUGAAUCUGCUUUCCGUAAAUUGGAUAAAUUAUAUGGUACAUGGAAAAAAUUGGCUGCAGAAAAGAAGGAUUACAACUUACCUAAACCCAAGAUGACCAAUUCUGAUUUAUCAAGACUAUUGAAGAGUGAUGAAAUUCAGUCUGCUUUACGUUUACCCAAAAGAAAUAAUAAUAGAAGAAGAGUUCUUAAGAAGAACCCAUUAAAGAAUCCUAGGAUUAUGAAUCAUCUGAAUCCAUAUAGCAAAGUAAUGAGGAAGGCUGCACAGAACGUAGAGGCCAGUCGUAAAGCAGCUCGUCAGGCCAAGCUGGAUGCUAAACGAGGAAUCAAGAAGACUGAAGCCAAGCCAGCUGCCAAGAAAGCAGCAAAAUCCAAACCAGCAAAGAAGUAAUUGGAGAAUGAAUGUGGUGGCAACAUGAUCUCUGAUUCUUGUGAAUGGAACUACAUGUAUCUGUUACAAUGUGUUCGGACUUAAUUGUUGUCACAAUAAAGUAUCUCCUGGUUGAAA